CGACUCCACUGAAAAUGGUGGGCGGCCCGUACAAGAACACGAAUGACUUGAUCCUGGCGGCCGAAUCAUCCCUGGCGCUCUUGGCGCAGAUGGACGAUGGAGACGUGGAAAGCGCUCCUCAUGAUCUGUUUACCGACGACCACUCUUCAAAGCAUGAUGCCCCAUCCUCGUAUGCGGAUCCCGAGUCGUCGUGGGAGUUGUCGGAAUUGGCCGAGUUGAGUACCACAGCACCUGUCGAGAGUUCCGUGCUGGAUGGUCGUGCCCAUGUGAAGGUUCAAUUUCCAGAUGGAACUGUGGAGUAUGUGGACGUACAUGCUGCGUCCACCACCGUUGGAACGACACUGGCGUUGGCAUGGAAGAAGCGCCAUCACACUUCCAAGUUUCUGGACAAGAAGCACCUUCGUGGGUUCUUUCAAAGCCGCGAAGUCGCGCUCGAUUGGUUCCUUCUAGACUGCGGACUGGCAUUAGAAGGCACGUUGCAGAUGCACAUCACUCAGGCGUCGGCCGAGUGGACGUCGCUCGCGUCGUCGUCAACCAAUCACAAUUUGUCCAUUUCCAGCGCAUAUCAAGUCGAAUCCGAGAGACAUUCCCUAGCGCAAGUGAACACUUCCAUCCCUUCCGUGGCCAGCGAGCCCGCGGCCGAAUGGCUGGAGCAUCAAGUGCGCCCCGAAGAGCAAGCAUUUGCCGCCGCCCUCGAGCGCUUUUUCCUCAAGGUCGACAUGACGGACGACCCGAACGCCCUGUGCAAGCACAUUUUGACGGAAUACACGAACAUUCUUCAAUCGGAGAUGGCCAAGCAAGACGCGUUGUCGGCCACGUCUCCGUUUCAGCUACGACAGCAUCAUCCAUUGGACAUCAACGUUGGCGACGAACUUCGUAACGAACGCAAUACGUGGCGGUUGCUCUAUGACCUCCGUCAAUUGAGCGUGCUCCGAUCCUCUCAACCAUCCCCCAUCAACGACGACUACAUCGACGCCACCUCGUCCGAGUUGGACGCUGUCGCAGGCCUCGACCUCCGGCCAAUUCAUGCGACCAAGCAAACGGUGCUCAGUUGGCUAGAGUCCAUCGCGUCGGAACACGUGUCCGUCACGAGUGAGCUGCGCAACAUGCAGCAUUCGCGCACGCUGGGCCGCGUCAAGCAGCGGUCGCUUUCGUUCUCCAUGGACCCGGACAGCACCCUUCGAGAGGGCGACCAUCACGUCGACAAGGAUGACGUCGAAGACGAUGCCGAUCUGCUCAAGGGCGUGUGGCAACUCGUGCGCGCCGGACGGCCUAAGGAAGCGGCGGAUCUGUGUAUCCAGCUGGGCCAGCCGUGGCGCGCCGCGUCGCUGAGUGGCGGAACGGUGUGUGGCAACGACGACGACGACAGCGAGCUCAGUCGAUGGGGCAACCCCCUUCGCAUCCUGUGGAAGCAAAUGUGCUGGCAGUUUGCCGAGGCGCGGCCCACGUCAAACCUGCGCAAAGGAAAGAGUCUCGAGGCGCGAGAGUACGAAGCCAUCGUGUACGGAGCUCUGAGCGGCAACUCUGCCGCGCUGUUGCGGUCUUCGCUGUGCGAGUCGUGGGAAGACCAUUGCUGGGCGCUGCUGAGUGCUGCGAUACAGUACGAGCAGGACGGGAAGCUCCUGCACCUGCUCCGGCUCAAAGCCAACGCGACCGACCUAUUCGUUGAAAACCAACCCGACUACCUCCACUUGUACGAGUCGUUUGUCGAACAGACCAAGUCCGUGGCCCGCUUCUCGUCCAAUUUGAGCACGUUGUUCAACGAAGUUGCCGCGAGCUCAAGCGACGUGGUGCGGCGGCAAGCGAGCCAUCCCCAUCGCCGGCUCCAAUCCAAGUUGAUCGUGUCGGACGUGGAAUCGAUCGUGUCGUCCAUCUUGAAGCCUCUGUUUCAAGAUCCAUCUGCUGAAGACUUUUCGUGGGAUCUCCGCUUAAACACAUCCGCGCUGCCCUCAGACGCUCUGCCCCCCCAGCUCGUGCGGUUUGCAUCGCAUUUUGUGCUGUUCAUGACCGCCACGGGCGAGACCUUUGACACAUCCACGGGGUAUUUGAUCCAAAAGGCAUACAUUCGGCACUUGAUCAAGCAUUCCCAGCACAACCUCGUGGCACUGUACGCGUCGCGGCUGCCAGAGGACGGCCAGGCGUCGAUUUAUGUGCAGUUUCUCACGUCGAUUCGCAACGCCGAUGCACGGCAGCAGGGCCUCCAGUCUAUCGCCAAGUACUGCUGCGAGACUUGUCCGCGUUUAUUUGCCCAGAUCACAAAGGAUGCCGUGCAGGUUCUCGUCCAGUUGAACGAGUCGUCGGACGACAUGUCUCGGAUCCAAGCGCUGCGGCUGUUGUGCCUGGACCCGCGGCAUCGAGGGGAACUGCUGCAUCAAGCGAAUCGGCUGGCCAGACAUUUCGUGGCUGAGCGCAAACCAUCUCGCGUCAAGUCCGUUCUCCAAGCCGUCCCCGACGACUCCCUCGCCGUCGUCCACGAUGCCUGUCGUCGCCAUGUCGAAUCGGUUGAUGGGGAUGCUUCUUCGUUUUCAUGGCAGCACUACUUGGACGAGAAUAAUCCCCAACUCGACCAAGUUGUCCGGGAGUUUUUGUCGUGGACGGCGUUCGUCGCAGCUACCGACGCGUACGAUGCAUGGCGCCACGUCCUGUCGCACUCGACUGGCGGCGGGUUGCCCUGCUUUGACGACGAGGAGAAGCGGGUCAAGGUGCUGACAUACCAUGCGACGAACGCCAUUGCGUUGUUGUAUGAUGUGCUGCAGUUUGAAGGCGGUUGGCUAUCGUCGACGACUGGUCAAGACGACGGGACCGACGUUUCCAGCGGCGCCAUGCGAGCCGCGUGCCUGCCGUUCGUCGUGUUUUCGCUCUAUCGAGUGUGCACCGACGCUAUCGAUUCGUUUGCGGACCUGCAGCAUUAUCCGACGCAGGCCCAACAAGAGUUGACCCUUCCGUUUGCGCAAAAAGCGCUGCAGCUUGCCUCCGUGGUGGCCAACGACCAGUAUAAAGUAUACGAGUCCUUCGACGUCGAUCAAGUCAAACAGCUGCUGCAUCUGCUGCAGCAAAGUGCGUCCAGUAUGCUGGACCUCCAAGGCCGCAUAGUCCUUUAAACUCCAUAACAAUGUAGUAUUCAUGGAGAAAGUUUAGCCAAUAUCAAACGCGAUGCAAUGAACGAC